CGAAAACACCGAGUUUCACAUUCAUUGCAACUGAGGCUCAACUAGCGGUGUCAAGGCAAUGGAGAAGAUUUUAUGUAAUUUCCAUGACAGCGUUUGUAUGUUAAAAACGGGCGUGAAAGAUGGACCAAACAAAGGCAAAAGCUUCUACGUCUGCGUUGACAAGCAAGGCUGUAAUUUCAGUCAACCGGCCAGCAUCUCUCCAUCCCACUGCCUCCAACAUGAAGAUUCGAUGGUGGAACUCCAAGCUCUGACCUACAGUCAGCAGCAGCAGAGCCACAGGUUAUUCUACCGGUGUAUUAUAGGUAAAAAAGCGGGCCAGAGGUGGUGUGGAAACGUGCCUUGGACUGCAUCACACAAAGAAAGGAGAAACCCUCUAUCUGACACACAGCUACAGCCUUCCUGCCUGCCACCUGUUCGAAACCCCUUCAAGGCCCCUGGCAAGUCAGACAACGACUCUGAGUGGAGAAGAAUGCAGUGUGAUGGAAGUAAUGAGAAGGGAGGGGAGGAGAAAGACAGUGAGGCAAGUCACAAGGCUGAAGGAGGAGAAAGUUAUCACAAAGAAAAUGUGGAGAGUGUAGGGGCAGGGGUGGAAGAAGAGGAGGGAAGGAAUCUUAAUUCACUGGGUACUUACCAAGGUAAACAGCUUCCUCCUGGGAUGAAGUUAAAGAAGAGAGUUUCAGAUGAGGAAAGAAACAGUCCCAAAGGCAAGAGUGAAGAGAAGCACACAGAGCAAGGCAAAACAGAAAAAGCUAUUUCCACCUCCAACGUCACUGCUGUACAUACUGAGAAAAUUAAUAAAACCUCACAGGAUCUUCACAAGGACUUGCCCCAGCAACCGACAACAAGUGAAACCUGCCUGGUGAAGCAAAAUGAUCCUACUGUAAAAGAGAGUGUCUCUAAAUCUUUACCCAGCAGCAGCAUCGCUCAGGCUCCAAGAGACUCUGUUAACACCAAGAGCCCCACAUCUAAGCACAGACAAACCAAAAACCACCAAGACAACGAUGAUGAUGUAGUUCUGGUGUCAGUGAAACCAGCUGCUCAGAAAACUCCUCCGGUUUCUGCUGUACAAAAAACCCUGACCACCUUCCCAGGAUUUCAGCCAGCUUCUAAGGUCAAAGGUCAACAGCAAGAUCCCAAAGGACUGCACAGUCUGCUCACUGCUCAGCUUCAGCAGAAAAAGGCCACUCUGUCUGUGGUGAAUGUUGCAGCUCUGCCAGAUAAAGGCGAGAGGUUGAAGACACAGGUCAAGGAGCUGGAGGAGGCACUGGAGUCUCUGAGCCUCACUGCUGCUUCUCAGCCUGGGUCCCAGGGUGAAUGUGACAGCAGUGAUGCUGGUAGCAGUCAGGUCAACCCAUUCAGCCGACAGGGCGGCACCAUCUUGCUCCCUGCCCCACCUGGCCCCUCUCAGCACCAGGCCUCCAGCAGCGCCCUGGGGCUCCACCUGAGCCAGGGAUAUACCCAGAUGUAUGGAGCAAACCCACAGGCCCAGGCUUUUUACGGUGGCAGGAUGACCGAGGACCGUCUGCUCGCGGUGAAAAAUGCCACCAGCGAGGCUAUCGACCAUCUCCACAAAUCCCUGGAGUCCUGCCCCGACUCUGAGACUGAAGCCCCAGACCCCAGAGGCAUCAAGGUGUCGCUCCUGGCCCAUCAGAGGAGAGCUUUGGCCUGGCUGCUCUGGAGAGAAACCCAGAACCCCUGUGGAGGAAUUCUGGCGGAUGACAUGGGUCUGGGGAAAACCUUGACCAUGAUUUCUCUCAUUCUGACCAAGAAGAUAAAGGCAAAAGAGGAAGACGAAAAGAAAGAAGAGAAGAAACUGGAGAAAUGGAUCUCCAAAACUGACUCCAGCCUCGUGGCCUCUAAAGGCACUCUGAUCAUCUGUCCUGCCUCCCUGGUUCACCACUGGAAGAAGGAGGUUGACAGACAUGUGAAGACAGGCAAGCUGACUGUGUAUCUGUACCAUGGCCCCAACCGAGAGAAGAGCGCCGAAGUGCUGGCAGAUUAUGAUGUGGUGGUGACCACAUACAGUUUGGUCUCUAAGGAGAUUCCAGUCCAGAAGGAGGAGGCAGACAAACCCACCAAGGAUUCUGAUGAUGUGCCCUUGCCCUCAGCUCCACUUUUGCGAGUGACCUGGGCCCGCAUCGUUCUCGAUGAAGCCCACAACAUCAAAAACCCAAAAGUGCAGACCUCCUUGGCUGUCUGUCAGCUGAGGGCCCGCGCUCGCUGGGCGGUCACUGGUACGCCCAUCCAGAACAACCUGCUGGACAUGUACUCACUGCUCAAGUUUCUGCGUUGCUCUCCGUUUGAUGAGUACAAACUCUGGAAAGCCCAGGUUGACAACGGCUCUAAGAGGGGCAGAGAGAGGUUGAACAUCCUGACGAGGAGUCUGCUGCUCCGACGAACCAAAGACCAAAUGGACUCCACAGGGAAACCACUGGUGUCUCUUCCCGAGCGGACCAGCGAGGUGCGUCAGCUCAAACUGUCUGAGGAUGAGCAGGCUGUGUAUGAUGUGGUCUUUGCCCAAUCCAGAUCCACUCUGCAGAACUACCUGAAGAGACAUGAAGGAAAUGACGUGAACAAGGGGAACACUUCCAAUUCCAAUCCCUUUGACAAAGUGGCCCAAGAGUUUGGUUUAUCGCAGUCUGAACCUGCUGUGUCGAGUUCCCAACAGGCGUCCAGCACCGUCCACAUCCUGUCCCUGCUGCUGCGCCUCCGACAGUGCUGCUGUCACCUGUCCCUCCUUAAGAAGACUCUCGACUCGACUGAGCUGCAGGGUGAUGGGAUCGUCUUGUCUCUGGAGGAGCAGCUCAACGCUCUGUCACUCUCCUCCAGCCCCUCGCCAUCGGGCCCUGACCCUAAAGACACCGUGGCCCUUAAUGGCACCCGCUUCCCCUCACAGCUGUUUGAGGACACCAGUGACAGCAGCAAGAUUUCUGCUAUUGUCUCUGAGCUGAAGGCAAUCAGACAGAAGAGUGACAAUCAGAAAAGCGUGAUCGUGUCCCAGUGGACCAGUAUGCUGCACAUUGUAGCAGUUCAUCUGCGGCGAAUGGGCUUAAGAUACGGUGUUAUCGACGGGACUGUCAACCCCAAACGUCGCAUGGACCUGGUGGAAGAAUUCAACACUAACCCUAAGGGGCCAGAGGUGAUGCUGGUUUCUCUUUGUGCUGGAGGAGUUGGACUCAACCUCAUUGGUGGGAAUCACCUCUUCCUCAUUGACAUGCACUGGAAUCCAGCCCUGGAGGAUCAGGCCUGUGACCGAAUCUAUAGAGUUGGACAGAAGAAAGAUGUCACCAUCCACAGGUUUGUUUGUGAAGGCACAGUGGAGGAGAAGAUUUCCAUACUGCAGGUGAAGAAGAGGGAGCUGGCCCAGAACGUGCUGUCAGGAACAGGAAGCACCUUCACCAAACUCUCCCUGGCUGAUCUCAAAAUCAUUUUUGGUGUCUGAGAUGGGAGAAAACUCAAAAUAGCUGUUCAUACACUAAGAUACCCAAGACCUUAUUUUCCUCCAUGUAGUGACAGGUUUCUUUGUGCUCUCAGCUUAAUCCAGAGCAGGGAUCUCCAUCCUAACUGCUUUAGAAAACAUUAGGCUACUGGGCUUAAUGUGCCUUAACAUUUUGUUUCAGGUUUUCCUUUUCUUUGAUUGUUCUAUGAUUUCAGGGCUUCUGUUAGCUCUGUUCACUCAGAUACAUGUGCUGUUAACUGAUUUAUUUUAACAAUACUUAAGUUGGUAUUAAAUUAGUUCUGAAACUUACACAUGCUCUGCAUCUUCAUAGACUGCUGCUUCUUCCCUGAUCUUUUUCUCCAGAGCAAAAGGUUCCUUGAUGACUAUUAAUUUCUCUCACUUUAUUCAUUUUUAAGAGGCACCUGACGCUGUUUAUAAAAGAGGAAAAUUGGGUAUCUUAAUAACAUUUUUUGUUGUUUAGCAGGUAAGCAGUUUCCUUCAGCUGCUACUGCAGCACAGUUGUGGAGUUACACUAAACAGCAGAUUUACUACAUUGUACUAUUUCCCAAGACAACCUAAACUACCACCACAGAUACUGUUACAUACACCUAGAUAUCAAAUUCCUCCGCUUGAAACAUGCACACUUAAAUCAUAUAAAUCAUAACUUCUAUGUACAACUAAAAAGGUAUAUUGCCUGUUUUGGAGGGUAAAUGCCAUAGACACACAGGUGAGGAACUUUUUUUCUUAUCUUCUGGUCUAGAAUAUUGUUUCACAGCACUUUUUCUUCUGUUUAUGUCCUAUGCUGCACUGAAUGUGGCCAAUAAUUUAGUAAUAUUUUUGUAUGUAUGUAUACGUCUUCUUAUUGUUUUACUGUCAAAUGACAGGGACACACUGAAAAGAGGAUUUUCCUCUGCCAGUUUUAUAUUAUUUUUAUGUAGCUUACUCAUUAUUGGAGUGAAGCAAAUAUUUGCUUCUACUUGUGUCAUCUGACGGGGUUUAUUUCCGUUAGAGAUGUUUUCAAAUGCCUUUUUAGUUAUUGUGUAUUGUUGCAUUGUUUAAAUAAAUUCAA